GUUACGGGGUCGGGCAAAGGGCAAAGGUCAGCCUCCGGGGUGGAGAGCACCUCCUUUGGGCCAUGGCCGCAUCUGGGGACCCCGGCCGGCAGUGGCAGGAGGAGGUGGCCGCGGUGGUAGUGGUGGGCUCCUGCAUGACCGACCUGGUCAGUCUUACUUCUCGUUUGCCCAAAACUGGAGAAACCAUCCAUGGACAUAAGUUUUUUAUUGGCUUUGGAGGGAAAGGUGCCAACCAGUGUGUCCAAGCUGCCAGGCUUGGAGCAAAGACAUCCAUGGUAUGCAAGGUUGGCAAAGAUUCUUUUGGCAAUGAUUAUAUAGAAAACUUAAAACAGAACGAUAUUUCUACAGAAUUUGCAUAUCAGACUCAAGAUGCUGCUACAGGAACUGCGUCUAUAAUUGUCAAUACCGAAGGCCAGAACAUCAUUGUUAUAGUGGCUGGAGCCAAUUUACUUUUGAAUACCGAAGACCUGAAGAAAGCAGCCAGGACCAUUAGCAGAGCCAAAGUAAUGAUCUGCCAGUUAGAAAUAACUCCAGAAAUGUCUUUGGAAGCCCUGAUGAUGGCCCACAGCAAUGGAGUGAAAACACUGUUCAACCCAGCUCCAGCAGUUGCUGACCUGGACCCUCGCUUCUACACCCUCUCAGAUGUGUUCUGCUGCAACGAAACUGAGGCUGAGAUCCUAACUGGCCUGAAGGUCCACAGCCUUGCAGACGCCACACGGGCUGCUCUGUUGCUCAAGGGAAAGGGCUGCCACGUGGUCAUCAUCACCUUAGGUGCUGAAGGAUGUGUGAUGCUGUCAAAGACAGAACCCAUGCCAAAGCACAUUCCCACCGAGAAAGUCAAGGCUGUGGAUACCACGGGUGCUGGUGACAGUUUCGUGGGGGCUUUGGCCUUCUACCUGGCUUACUACCCAAAUCUGCCCUUGGAAGAAAUGCUCAAGAGAUCCAAUUCCAUCGCAGCGGUCAGUGUCCAGUCUGCAGGAACACAGUCAUCUUAUCCAUACAAAAAAGACCUGCCACUCGAUCUGUUUUGAUUGCUACUAACCCUAAAAUAAAUGUACCUGGAAAUAAAAUGGACUUGGGAGAGGGAGGUGGCCUCUCUCAGCCAGCAGCUUACUUUAAAA